GUUCCUACCCGGACGCUUUAGGAGGUGACACAUGCGUGCAGCGACCAACCGGAGCAGGCUGUUUGAGAAACUGCUCGUUUAAUCGAAAARAAUAGAUGCCCACGGAGGAAGACGAGGGAGCGAUGGAGCCCCAGACGAAGCGCCGGAAAGGCCCGGCGUACGACCCGGACUCCUGGGUGGCCCGCCCCGUCCUGUCAGACGAGCAGUCCGGAGAGGUGGAGCUGGUCGAGGCGCUCGCCGCCCCCGUCGUGGACAAGAAGGCGACGUCUCGGAUCGUGCGGGCGCUGAACGACCUGUACCCGCUGAGCGGGCUGCAGCACAUCAAACGGGUCCGGGCCCGUAAGGACCAGGGCAGCCCCCACACUCUGGAGGUCCUGGUGUGCCUGCUGAGAGACGCGCCGCAYGUCCAGCUGCUCCGCCUGGACUCGCUCUUACCCGGAGCGAGGUGGGAAGGACUGGGCGAGCCCUUUGUGGUCCAGAUCCCGGCCCGGCCCCCGCUGACCCGACCUCAGUUUGAGGCGGCGAGCCAGCGCUGGCCCACUUCCUUCCACGAGGACAAGCAGGUGACCGUGGCCCUGCGAGGGGAGCUCUUCAGCGCCCGACAAAAAGCCGCCAUGCACGGGUUCAUGACGGCCGCCGUCGCCGCCGCCAGAGCCGGCCGGCGGCUGGGGAUGGACGCCGUCGGAGCCGUCGUGGUCGACCCGGAAAGGGAGCGGGUUGUGGCGGUCGGCCACGACUGCAGAGGCGACCACCCGCUUCAUCACGCCGUCAUGGUCUGCAUCGACCUGGUGGCUCGGAGUCAGGGGGGCGGGGCUUACCGCCUCGACGGUUACGAAGGCUGCAGGUUCACGUCAGCGGAGGCGGAGCCUCAGCCRUACAUCUGCAGCGGGUACGACCUGUAUGUCACCAGGGAGCCGUGCGUCAUGUGCGCCAUGGCGCUGGUGCACUCCAGGAUCGGACGGGUUUUCUACGGGACCACCUCUGCCGACGGAGCGCUGGGGACCAGAUUUAAAAUCCACUCCCUGAAAGACCUGAACCACCGGUUUGAAGUGUUCAGUGGGGUCCUGAGCAACGAGUGUGACGGUUUACAAAAACAGAAAUAAACACAAGCAAACAUUUUAA